UAAAAUCUUACACACCUCUACAAAUGAACUGAUCAGCUCAAGGACUUUGAGGAGGAGAAGAUAUAUCAUAUAUGGCUACUUUUCCAGAUAUUCAUGGGAAGACUCUCUUCUUCGCUUUUAUUCUCACGCUGCUCAUACUGAUGUGCUUCGGUUCCAGCAGCGUUGAAGCCCAAGGUGGUCAGCUUCCUCGAGAUGAAGAGGAGGCUCUAGAAGAAAUAGCAGAACAAGUGGGGAAAAAGGAUUGGAACUUCAGCCUAAACCCUUGUGAUGGCAACUCCAACUGGUCCACACCUAACAGGAAGGAAAUGCCAUUGUAUAACAAUACUCUCACCUGCAAUUGCUCCUAUCCCAACGGUCAAUGCCACGUCGUUCAGAUAUUUCUCAAAGGGCAAGAUCUUGCUGGUGUGCUUCCGUCCUCUUUGGCAAAAUUGCCUUACCUUAAGAUAAUUGAUUUCACUAGGAACUAUCUUAGUGGUAACAUACCGCGUGAAUGGGCUUCUUUGCAAUUAGAAUAUAUGUCACUCACUGUGAACAGGUUAUCAGGACCAAUACCAAGCUUCUUGGGAAACAUUUCUACUCUGAGAUAUAUGAGUAUGGAGAGCAACAUGUUCUCUGGAACUGUUCCUCCUCAGCUUGGGCAACUGAUCAACUUGGAAAAUCUCAUUCUUAACACUAACAAUCUCACUGGGGAGUUGCCUCUAGCACUUGCUAAUCUAACCAAAUUAAUAGAAUUUCGGAUUAGUAGCAACAAUUUCAGUGGAAAAAUUCCCAAUUUUAUUCAUAGUUGGAAACAACUUCAGAAAUUAGAGAUCCAAGCAAGUGGUCUUAAAGGGCCCAUACCUUCUAGCAUUUCUGUCUUGAAGAAUUUAACUGAAUUAAGGAUUAGUGAUUUACCUGGGGAAGGCUCAAAUUUUCCGCCUCUAGGAAACAUGAAAGGCCUGAAAAAGCUGAUGUUGAGAGGUUGUAUUAUCUCCGGAUCAAUCCCCAAAUAUUUAGCAGAGAUGACAGAACUGCAAAUUUUAGACCUUAGCUUCAACAAGCUGGAAGGAAUUGUUCCAAACUUGGAAGGUUUAACACAAAUAGAAUUCAUGUAUUUGACAAGCAACAUGCUAACUGGGUCUAUUCCGGAUUGGAUCGAGAGCAGAAAUAAUCGCUACCAAACAGAUAUUUCUUAUAAUUACUUUUCCAAGCGCUCUAUGCCAUCUUCUUGUCGAGAAACCCUGAACUUGUUCCGAAGCUUUUCUGAAAGGGGAAAAUUAGAAUUUGAUGAGUGCCUGAACAGUUUUCCAUGUCUCAAAGAUCAGUAUUCACUGCAUAUAAAUUGUGGUGGAGGAAGAACCAUCAUUGGAGACAUAGUCUAUGAAGCGGAUGAAGACUUAGCAGGUCCAUCCAAGUUUGUCCCCACUAGAGAUAAUUGGGGUUUUAGUAGCACAGGAGACUUUUGGGAUCGUGACAGAACCACAAAAAAUUAUAUAGCACAGAAUGUAUCCAUGCUUGGGAUGAAUGACUCUGAAUUGUACACAAGAGCACGACUUUCUCCUCUAUCUUUCACUUACUAUGGACGCUGCUUAGCAGAUGGGACCUAUACUGUGAAACUUCAUUUUGCAGAGAUAGUGAUCAGAGACAAUAAAUCCUUUCAUAGUCUUGGAAGACGUAUUUUUGAUGUUUACAUCCAGGAAAAGCUGGAGUUGCAAGAUUUUAAUAUUGUACAAGCAGCACAAGGGGUUGAUAAGGUAGUUGUAAGAGAAUUUAAAGCAGUCGUAAGGAAUAAGACUUUGGAGAUCCGAUUUCAUUGGGCUGGGAAAGGUACAACAGCUGCCCCAGAGGGAGGAACCUAUGGUCCUCUCAUAUCAGCCAUUUCUGUAAAAGCUGAUUUUGAGUCGUCUUCUCAUGGAAAAAAGAAGAUAUUCAUUGCAGUUGGGGCUGUGGCUUUCAUGAUAUUCCUUAUUUUAGGUAUUCUUUGGUGGAAAGUUUGCUUUGGUGGCAGAAUCUCCCAGGAACAAGAUCUCGAAGGACUAGAUAUGCAAACAGGUUCUUUUACCUUAAAACAAAUAAAAGCUGCCACCAAAAAUUUUGAUUUUGCAAACAAGAUUGGAGAAGGAGGUUUUGGUCCAGUUUAUAAGGGUCUGUUAUCCGAUGGUACCAUAGUUGCAGUGAAACAGCUUUCCUCUAUAUCAAGGCAAGGAAAUCGUGAAUUUUUGAAUGAGAUAGCCAUGAUUUCUUGUUUGCAACACCCAAAUCUGGUGAAACUUCAUGGAUGUUGUGUUGAAGGAGAUCAACUGUUACUGGUAUAUGAGUACAUGGAAAACAAUAGCCUAGCUGGCGCUCUGUUUGGUCCAGAAAAUGGUCUGCCGAACCUGGACUGGCCAACUAGGCUUAAAAUCUGUAUUGGUAUUGCCAAGGGAUUAGCUUUUCUCCACGAAGAAUCAAGGAUUAAGAUUGUCCACAGAGAUAUUAAAGCUACUAAUGUGCUUCUUGAUAGAGACCUAAACCCUAAAAUAUCUGACUUUGGACUGGCUAGGCUUGAUGAAGGGGAGAAGAGCCAUAUUAGCACCAGGGUUGCUGGAACCAUAGGAUAUAUGGCACCAGAAUAUGCACUGUGGGGUUAUCUGACAUACAAGGCAGAUGUUUACAGUUUUGGGAUUGUGGCUUUGGAAAUUGUUAGUGGAAAACACAACAACAAUUAUAUACCCAGCAAUGGCUGCCUUUGUCUUUUAGAUUGGGCCUGUCUGUUGCAGCAAAGCAGAAAGUUUCUGGAGCUGGUUGAUGAGAAGUUGGAGUCUAAAGUCAAUGAAGAAGAGGCAGAAAGGAUGAUUAAAGUGGCUCUUUUGUGCACAAAUGCAUCCCAAUCACUUAGGCCUACCAUGUCUGAAGUGGUAAGCAUGCUUGAAGCCCGAAUGCCUAUUCCUGAUAUAAUCCCAGGACCAAGUACCUACACCGAAGAUUUGAGGUUUAAGGCAAUGAGAGACUUUCGUCAAGACAAGAGAAACCAGAGUCUGAGUGAAGGUAAUCAAUCCCUAAAUUUAACAGGUCAUACAGAGCUAGAGCUUUGCUCUACCUCUACAUCUGGCCCUGAUUUCCAUGAAAUCAACCCAGAUUCGGAAUCCUGUUAAUGAUGAAGUGUUUUUCUUUUAAAGAAUGCUGAUCCUACUCCUGAAGGCUCUGAAUGGAUUUACUGAUCUGCAUCUCCAUCUCAAUGAGCAUCCUAAAGUUUUGGUUAUUUAAUCAAACUUCUAUUCAAUGGGGCUACACCCGCAUCUUGUACAUCAAUUUUUUUUUUUUAUUUGGUCUAUAGUUCUCUUUAAUAGUGAGAGUUUGUUGUAUAAAAUUUCAAGAAAUUUUGUGGUACAAUUAGAUUCUCAUAUUUUAAUAAAUGUGCUCCUGGCAAAAGAUUGAUGUAAA